AUGGUGACAAACACGGUUGUGGUGACCGACAAGCAUCUUCUUGACGAGCGGAACAAGGAUCUGUUGGCCGAGUUUGAGACGACGGUACGCGAGUCUGUCCCGUCGGGCGAGUCGGUGUCUGUUUCUGUUUUACGGUCUUUGCGACGGGUCGUUUUGAUCUUUGACCAGAUCGACACUGCAAAGAAAGUGUACGAGGCUUUGCAGAGUCAAGGAAUUUCUGCAACCUAUUCGCUGCGCAACACGAGCGUCGUGGACUCGGACGCGACGGCCGCUGGCGGUCUGUUGAUGCCACCUGAACGCCGCAUCGAGCUACAGUCUCCGCCUCCGUCGCCGUAUCUGGGGUACACCCAGGAGCCGGAAGAACCACCGGAGCUGAUCACGAUGACCGAGCCGGAGUCGUUCUCGCACCUGUUGUACCAGCCCACGCAGGACGAUCUGGACAAGGAACGGGUUUUCAACAGCAAGGAGUCGAUCUCCAACAUCCCGCUGCUCGUCGUGGACAGAGAGGAAGGAGAAGCUCUGCGCAAACGACAGCAAGAUAUACAGCAAGAGAAGUCAAGCAAGCCAUAG